AUGGUCAUUCAGGUUUGCGGGUCAGCAGCGGUCGAGUGUUCGACGUGGACCGUCACUUUGUGCGACGGCGACGUCGCGCAGCCGCGACAGGCAAACGACGCGCGGCCGGAGUACGAGGUGUCGCGCGCGACUGUGGCGUCGCCUGCCAUCUGCGAUUGCGAUCCGACGACGUCGUCUACAUCGUCCACUUGCAAAGAUGGAGACAGAUGGCCGUACCGCUCAAUAAGUACUGAGCUUCUUCAAUUUCUUGUCAGGACCCUCUUCAACAAUACCAUUUUCAGAUCACUGCCAGUGGUGGAAAACGAAGACGUGGUGCCGCUUGUGCAGUACUUCGACAGCGAUUCAUCGGCAAAGGCUCGACUAUCGCAUGCCGCAAGCGACUGUAUCUAUCGGGCGCGAGUUGCGGACACCGAAGAUACCAGUAUCGUCAAUCUGUGCGACAGCGACAAUGGUCUGUAUGGCCUGCUUGCCCUACCGGAUGGCGUCUAUUCUGUGGAACCGAUCGCUGCCGGCGGCAAUUCGUCGAAUAUUAAACCAGGUUAG